AUGGCAGGUGAAGAGUUUGGUACUGGGAACUUCAAUCCAAAUGAUACCAAGCGAAAGACCAUUACUUGCAAAGCUGCUGUUGCAUAUGGUCCUGGAGAACCCUUUGUGUUAGAACGUGUUCUUGUUCAUCCUCCUCACAGAAUGGAGGUUCGAAUCAAGAUCCUCUUCACUUCAAUCUGUCACACCGAUCUCAGUGCUUGGCAAGGCAAGAAUGAGGCUCAACGUGCUUAUCCUCGGAUUUUCGGCCAUGAAGCUUCCGGGAUUGUGGAGAGUGUGGGGGAAGGUGUGAGAGACAUGAAAGAAGGGGACUUUGUGGUGCCAAUUUUCAAUGGAGAAUGUGAGGAAUGCAAAUAUUGCAAGUGCGAGAAGACCAACAAGUGUGAGAGGUUUGGAGUGGAUGGGGAGAAGAAGGUGAUGGAUUGUGAUGGUGCCACAAGGUUUUCCACCAUGGAUGGAAAACCCAUCUUCCAUUUCUUGAACACUUCAACUUUCACAGAGUACACAGUGAUUAAUUCAGCAUGCGUCGUCAAGAUUCAUCCUAAUGGCGAUAGAGACCUCAAGCCCUACAUCAAAACACUCACCUUGCUUAGUUGUGGCAUUUCCACGGGUGUUGGAGCUGCUUGGAACACCGCGAAUGUGCAUUCUGGUUCAACUGUAGCUGUCUUUGGUUUAGGGGCUGUGGGUCUCGCUGUUGCAGAAGGGGCACGAGCAAGAGGUGCAUCCAAAAUAAUUGGAGUGGAUAUCAACUCUGACAAAUUUAUCAAAGGGCGUGGAAUGGGCAUCACUGAUUUUGUAAAUCCAAGGGAUGAUGAGAGAGCAGUGUAUGAGAGGAUAAGGGAAAUGACUGGUGGGGGCGUGGACUAUAGUUUUGAAUGUGCUGGAAAUUUAAACGUUUUAAGGGAUGCCUUCUUGUCAGCACAUGAGGGUUGGGGAUUGACUGUGUUAUUAGGGAUUCAUUCAUCACCAAACCUGCUUCCUAUCCACCCAAUGGAGCUGUUCCAGGGUCGCAGAAUGGUAGGAUCAGUUUUUGGAGGCUUCAAAGGGAAGACUCAAUUACCACAUUUUGCCCAAGAAUGCAUGAAUGGAGUGGUGAAGUUGGAUGAUUUUAUCACUCACGAGCUUCCAGUAGAGGAGAUAAACGAGGCCUUUGAUCUUUUGGUCGCUGGAAAGUCUCUGAGAUGUCUUCUACACUUCUAA